AACAAAAGGAAACAAACUCGAACACAGAGCCCACCGUUUCGAUUCAAAAAGAGAGGGAAGCUGUUGAAGUCCGAUGCCAAGUGCCCCUUCUUAUUCAUCAGAUUUUUUGACUCUCCCGGCAGACGCAGAGUCACUGGCUAUGUUCCUUUCUCUCUGUCAUCUCCUUUUGGCUACACUUGCACCUCCUCUAUUUCACCUCUCGCUCUAUAUAUUGCUCUACAUGCUUCUCCCCAACAGAGUUCUCUCUUUGUUUGCAGAUAAUUUUGAGGACUGUUGGUGAUAAUUGUUUAUAGAAUGAGAGAAAAGGUGCAGGACAUCCUCUCUACUUACAAGAUCGAGCUUGUUUCUCUUCUCUCCAGGUAUGUUGCUCAGGGGAAAGGGAUACUGCAACCCCAUCACCUGGUAUGUGAGCUUGCAGAAGUUAUUAAAAAUGACGAAGCAAUGGAGAAGCUUAGCGACAGCCCCUUCACCACUAUCCUUGAAUCUGUGCAGGAAGCCAUUGUCCUGCCACCGUUUGUUGCAAUAGCAGUUCGUCCAAGACCUGGUGUUUGGGAAUAUGUUCGUGUUAAUGUCUAUGAACUCAGUGUUGAUAGCUUGAGCAUUGCUGAAUACCUUCGAUUCAAAGAAGAACUUGUGGACGGACAGUGUGAUGACCGUUAUGUGCUCGAACUUGAUUUUGAGCCAUUUAAUGCAACAUUCCCCAGGCCAACCCGGUCAAAAUCCAUUGGAAAUGGGGUUCAAUUCCUGAACCGUCACCUGUCUUCAAUUAUGUUUCGUAAUAGAGAAAGUUUGGAGCCUUUGCUUGAUUUUCUGCGCACACACAAGUAUAAUGGCCAUGCAUUGAUGCUUAAUGAUCGGAUACAGAGCAUACCCAAACUUCAGUCUUCUUUGGCAAGGGCAGAAGAACACCUCUCUAAGUUUCCCCCUGAUACACCAUAUUCCGAGUUUGAAUUUGAUUUACAAGGAAUGGGAUUUGAAAGAGGUUGGGGUGACAGUGCGCAACGGGUAUCAGAGAUGGUGCAUCUGCUUUUGGACAUCCUUCAAGCUCCUGAUCCUUCUUCCUUAGAGUCAUUUCUUGGGAUGAUUCCUAUGGUUUUCAAUGUUGUUGUUGUGUCUCCGCAUGGUUAUUUUGGCCAGGCAAAUGUUUUAGGAUUGCCAGAUACUGGUGGGCAGAUUGUUUACAUACUUGAUCAAGUGCGUGCAUUGGAGAAUGAAAUGGUUUCUAGAAUACAAAAACAAGGAUUGGAUGUUACCCCAAAAAUCCUAAUUGUCACACGACUAAUACCUUUUGCACAAGGUACAACAUGCAACCAUAAGCUUGAAAGAGUCAGCGGAACAGAACAUACUUAUAUUCUGCGGGUGCCAUUUAGAACUGAGAAUGGUAUUCUACGCAAAUGGAUUUCAAGGUUUGAUGUGUGGCCAUACUUGGAGACCUUUGCCGAUGAUGCAUCAAAUGAAAUUGCUGCUGAAUUACAAGGAAUUCCAGAUCUGAUCAUUGGAAACUAUAGUGAUGGAAAUCUUGUGGCUUCUCUGUUGUCUUAUAAGCUUGGAAUUACGCAGUGUAACAUUGCGCAUGCAUUGGAGAAAAUAAAAUAUCCAGAUUCUGAUAUAUACUGGCGAAAAUAUGAAGACAAGUACCAUUUUGCAAGUCAGUUUACAGCUGACCUUAUUGCAAUGAACCAUGCAGAUUUUAUCAUCACUAGUACAUAUCAGGAGAUUGCAGGAAGCAAGAAUAAUGUUGGACAGUACGAGAGCCACACUGCUUUUACCCUUCCUGGGCUGUAUCGAGUUGUUCAUGGCAUCAAUGUUUUUGAUACCAAAUUUAAUAUUGUCUCUCCUGGAGCAGAUAUGAGCAUUUAUUUUCCAUAUUCAGAAAGGGAAAGAAGACUUACUGCUUUACAUGGUUCAAUUGAAAAACUCUUGUAUGAUCCCGAGCAGAAUGAGGAACAUGUUGGAUUUUUGAGUAACAGAUCAAUGCCUAUCAUCUUCUCUAUGGCAAGACUUGAUAGGGUGAAAAACUUGACGGGACUUGUUGAGUGCUACGCUAAGAGCAGCAGGCUAAGAGAACUUGUAAAUCUUGUAGUGGUUGGUGGUUACAUGGAUGUGAAGAAAUCUAGAGAUAGAGAAGAGAUGGAAGAGAUUGAAAAAAUGCAAAGCCUCAUAAAGCAAUACAAUCUGCAUGGCCAAUUUCGUUGGAUAGCUGCCCAAAUGAACCGUGCACGUAAUGGUGAGCUCUACCGCUACAUUGCUGAUGCAAAAGGUGCUUUCGUUCAGCCUGCUUUCUAUGAAGCUUUUGGCCUCACUGUUGUGGAAGCCAUGACUUGUGGGCUUCCUUGUUUUGCCACCUGUCAUGGAGGCCCUGCAGAAAUCAUUGAGCAUGGCAUUUCAGGGUUCCAUAUUGAUCCUUAUCAACCAGAUAAGGUCACUGCACUUUUGAUCAAUUUCUUUGAACACUGCAGAGAAGAUCCUAGCCACUGGCACAAGAUUUCUGAUGGAGGGCUUAAACGAAUUUAUGAAAGGUACACAUGGAAGAUAUAUUCUGAGAGGUUGCUAACAUUAACUGGGGUUUAUGGCUUCUGGAAGCAUGUGUCUAAGCUGGAGAGGAGAGAGACAAAGAGAUAUUUGGAGAUGUUUUACAUGCUUAAAUUUCGAGAUCUGGUGAAGUCCAUUCCUGUAGCAAUCGAUGAGCAGUAGUAAAAUCUAUGAGCUGAAGAAGCUGCCAACUUGUUACUUUUUAGCUUUUUUUUUUUUUUUUUUUUUUUUUUUUUUUUUUUUAUGUAUAAAAAAAGACCGUUUAGCAUGUUUUGCGGUUUCCUUUGAAUUGUUAGAAUGUUAUUGUAUUGGUAGAGCAAUGUGAAAACUCUUGGCGAAAUGCAAGGUCUAUUGUGUCGUGCCUAUUUGUGGCAUACUGUAGUGUUUGCCGUCUCCUGUCUGGCCAUGUCCGGCUUCAGAAUCUCGAGAUAGUCGAUUGGGCCAAACAUGUUCGGCAACUAUGAUAUGAACAAGGAAGAAAAAGUUGGAGGUGAAACAGAAAACUGGAAAAUUGAAAUUCCAACCU